AAAACUCCGAAAACUCUGAAAAAUGGGAUGUUGUUGCUCCUCUCCCGAUCGAGACGUUGAGAGAGAACCUUUGCUUCAGUCCAGCAAUAGAACACAAACUGAAUCUGCAAGACCACCACGACCAGCAGCUAAAGCAGAUGGAGUUCAGAAGAGCGGCAGAUUUACAGCUCGUCAUGUUGGCGUUCCGGGCCUCGAUGAGCGUUUUACUGACGUUGCUGAUACUUUCAACAAACAGCAGGACCAUUAUGAAACAAUGAAGAACAAUCUUCAGACUCUCGCAAGCCACUACCACUGCCAAAACGAUGACAGUCUGUCUCAAUGCCUGAAGAAAAUCAAGGAGAAACAUGAGCUGUGCCACAUCAGUCUGGAGGUCAAAGGAUACGACUUUAUUCUGAUGGUGAAAUCAGACACUGAGAUCCCCGGCGAACUGAAGCAGACGCAGGAGAACAUCACCGAGAUGAGCCGAGCCACCAAAGCCAUCAUCUCCGUCGGCACUAAACUCACCCAAAUGAUCGACUCUCUUCUGAGAGCCGAGGACGGCAUGAUCAGUCAGGUCGAAGCAGCUGAAUCCAGACACCAGGAGCGAAGACGGCUGGUGGAAAACCUGCGGGAAAACCUCAGAGAGACUCGGAGAGUCAAAGAACUGAGUCCGAACUACAGGAAAGAGGCUGGGAAUCUCCUCAAUGAGGCCGCAAGGCUCUCUGGAAUCACACCCUGAACUGACUAUCAGCCAGUAUAAAAGAUUUGAUAAUGUUAUACAGUGAAGAGAAGACUUUAUCUCAAAAGUGAGAAGUUGCAAAUGGAAAUACAGUGGCAGUACAAAUACAAAAUAUGCAUAUAACAUAAAAACAGAACAUGCAUGUAAUAAAUAAAAGUGCAUAGAAGUAUCCUAUAAAUAAUAUGCCUCGGCUGAUUUUAAACAUCAUUAUAGAUCUAUACAUUUGUUCAGUAUCAUCUUAUUUAAAAUAUGCAUGCAUGGGCAUA